AUGUCAGAACACAUGCUCCCGUUGGAGGGAAAUGAGUUGUGGAAGGAAUGUGUUCGAUGGCUUGUUGAUAUGGGGGUUCUCGACCAUCGAUUAGCACCUGGUAAUUCUAUGCUAGAAUUCGCUACAAUGCUAAGAGAUGGUGUCUUGUUGUGUCGCCUGUUAAACGAGUUAUCUCCCAGUUGUAUUGAGGAGAAAGAAAUUCAACGGCGCCCUCAUAUGUCAGAGUUCACGUGUCAUAAAAACAUAUGCCUAUUCCUCGGUGCCUGCAAAACCUUUUUUAAUUUGAAACAAGAACAAAUGUUUGAAGCAUGGGAGCUGUUUCGAUUACAAGACUUCGUAAAGGUCCUAUCCGUCCUCUCUAUAUUGUCCCACUCAGAAUCUGCGUUGGCAAAGAGCAUCAGACCGUUCCCUUCCAAAUUGAAUGCUGCGCUAUGUUCCACUCUUCCUCUUCGAAUAUAUCCUCCUCCGGAAGAAGAAGCUAUUUAUCGCAGUUUACAAGAUGACGUAGAAAAAGUAGACUUGGAUGCUGCUAUCUAUGACAUCUCACCCUCAAAGAAUGAAGAGGAGCCUCAGUUUAUCUACGAUCACAUCGUCUGUAGGAUGGACAGCCAAAGGAGAAACGAUGUUUGGUCAAGUUUCUCGCCAUCUUCGAAACGAGAACACUGCAUAAAGGAGCUACUCGACACUGAACAAAAUUAUGUUGAGAAGGCAUUGAAUAUGAUAAUCAACAAGUUUUACGAGCCGCUUCAAAAGGUUCUUCCGGAGAUAGACCACAAAUUGAUUUUUAUGAACAUCAUGACACUGUGGAAUUUGCAUCACUCGUUUCAUAGUGACUUGCGGCAUGCAGUUUUGAAAACGUUGGGUUUGAACCAACCAAGUGAAGGUGGUCGGCCAAGUUCUUUGGCUUUGGGACGAACUGUUGGUGAUGUUUUUGUUCAGCACAAGGACAAAUUCAUCGCCUACGGCCCUUAUUGUAUGGGUCUUAGCGAUUCGAGAGCUCGUAUACUCGAGUUGGAAAAGAGCGAUCCUGCUGUGAAGGCUAGGAUUCAUGAAUGCGCGGCGUCCGUCAACGACAACCAGUUCAAGUUACAGGAUUUGCUGUGUAUACCAAUGCAACGCGUUUUAAAGUAUCACAUAUUACUCUCGGUCAGCUUCGAAUAUUUUUGA